ACAUACACAUGCACACAUGCAUGCACCUAGCCACAACAUCGACUCUAACACAAACUCUGAUUUUAUCCCAGUAAACAGUUACCUCCGGACAUGGUGAUGAGGCUGAUGGCGUCGGUGAGCUUUGGCUACGGGCUCUUCCAGCUGUGCAUGUCCCUUCUUCCGCCCUCCCUCCUCCGCCUCGUGAACGUGCUCGGGCUGCAAGGGGACAGGAUGGCCGGGCUGUCGGCACUCAUGUUUACGCGCAAGUCCAGUGACAUGAGAGCUCCUUUGGCUACUCUGACUCUUUUGUGGUACCAUACUAUUGUCCGGCCAUUCUUCGCCCUCGACGGAAGCAAAGUCCGUGCAGGUGUGGAAGCUGCGCACCUUCUGUUGCAGGAAGCCCAGCAAAACUAUGCCCACUCUGCUCUGUUCCUCUUCUUCAGAGGGAGAGUCCACAGACUGCAGGGUGACAUCACAGGUGCGCUGGUGUCCUAUAGAGGAGCUUUACAAGCCUCUCCGCAAAGGGAAUUGCAGCUCCUUGCCCUGCAUGAGGUGGCAUGGUGCCAUCUGCUUCAACUGAACUGGAAUCAUGCCCAAGGUGCCUUCGCAAAUCUUAAAAAGGAGUCUAGAUGGUCGAAAAGCUUCUACGCCUAUAUCUCUGCCGUAUGUCUUGGAGCAUCGGGACGACAAGAAGACUGCGUAAAAGACAUGAUGGAAGUACCGGCGCUGGUCAGACGUUCCAACCAUGCCUUAGAAACAUUCCUCUUGCGUCGGGCACUCAGAUCCAAAAGUGAUGUUGUGACUAAGAACUACUGCCUUCUCCGUGCCUACGAACUUCUAUAUCUUUGGAACGCAUUGGCAUCUUGUUCUGUGCAACAUCGCAUGCACAUGGUCGAAGAGUGCCAAGCCAUGGGACAGUGCGGGGAGACUGAGGGUCUGCGUCAUCUCAUCAUGGCUGCAGUCUUAGAUACUCUGGGCUCAACAGAUGAUGCUGUUGAGCAUUUUCGACUCAGCAUCCAGCAUGGCCUCUUGAACCCAGAGGAGCUCUGUAUUCCUGCCUUUGCCUCCUAUGAACUAGGUCUCCUUCUGGCAGCUGAUGAAGAGACGCUAGAUGCAGGGAAAAAAUAUCUUGAGGAAGCCCGAGACAACUACCACAGCUACGACUUUGAGAACCGCCUUAACGUCAGAAUCCACGCUGCACUGAAGAACUUACCGUAACCUACCAUGACUUACUGUAUCCCAGAGUCGGUUGUUGGUUGUUGUCAUCACAUUGGUUGUCCAGUCAAAUGAAUUUCUAUGGUUAUUUAAUUAUUUUCUUACUAGACCAUAGCUGCAUUUUGUAUUUAAUGACAUGCUCAAUAAGUGUUUGGGAAAUGCAUUUGCACGUGCUGUGAACGAUCUCAGUCGCUAUUACCAAAAAUAUGUGUUUGUACUGUAUACUCUGAUUAACGAGCUCAGAUUUCUAUAUUUGUUUAAAAUUCACUGAUGACUAAAGUUUUCUUGAUGGAGAAUCACAUAUGUAAAACAAGUUGGUACUGCAUGAAUAACUGAGUUUUCAUGGUUUAUUCUCUUGAAUUUUAACUCAGUGCUGAUUGUGUGUUUAUUUUAUAAAUUGGCUUUACACAUAGAUGACUCUUCAAGUAGUUAGUGAUGAAGAAGUCAGUUGUUAUAAAUACAAUCAUCUGUUUACCCUUUUCCCUGAUUACUGGAAAUAUAUUGUUUUAUCUGCUAUUGCUAUUAGCAAUGUGGAUACUGUUAUGGUGAUUAUAAUAUCUGUAAUUAUGAUAAUAGCAUUAAUUUUGAAUAGCAUUAAUAGAAAAAAAAUCCUGAAAAAUUAAGAAAAGGUGAAAUCAGGUGGUCACAACAUCUGCUAAUUGACUCCUCAGUGGCUACGCACUUGCAGAGUCAUCUGUGUGCAGAGAUGUGUGUGUGUGUGUGUGUGUGUGUGUGUGUGUGUGUGUGUGUGUGUGUGUGUGUGUGUGUGUGUGUGUGUGUGUGUGUGUGUGUGUGUGUGUGUGUGCCAUACAUAUAUGGGUAUAAAUAUGCUUAUAUGCACAUAUAUGUCCAUGGGCAGAAAGAUGUAAAUAUUAAAUCACUAUAUGUAAAUGUGAUUAGCCUCAUGCUUGUUGGAUCUCAUCAUAAUUAUGCAAGGGAAACAUAAGUAUAUAGAUACAAAUAAUGUCCUAAUUAACAUAAGAUUGAAUGAUAGUGUUCCUAUCAAUAUAUGCAGACUGGAUUACUGAACAGGCUCAUCUGGACAAAUUGGCGAUGAACAUAUAAAUGAAAACGGUUAAUCUUGCAGUCUUGAUUUCUCGAUUACUCACAAAGAAUGAAUUCCAGGUCGUAACGCUUUUCCAGAAUCUCGGAAGUUUGGAAAAUAUGAGGUAUUUAUAUAAUAUUCAUUAUUUAUGUAGAUAUGUAUAUGUAUAUUUUUUAGAAGGAUGGAUCUGUAGGAAGAUUUUGGAUAUUCCGUAUUGUGUGUAUUUAGAUAUUUUAUAUUUCUGUAAGGUCAAGUGUUAAGCUCUGAUGUUAAUUUAUUAUACUGUAAUUUAUUAACUCAACCUAUCUAUUUUUUCCAGAGUGUAUUCUUAGCUUUAAAACAAAAGGAAAUUUAUAUUACUUUACCAAAGGGAGUAAAUGGUUAAUAGUCAUUUAAAUUAAGCAAUGACUCUACCUCACAUUGAUUUACCUAGCAUUAUAUAAAAAGAAAAAAAAAAAUGCAAGCAUGUGUUAGGCAUAUAAACAGAAAAACUCUUUUAUUAACUAAUAUGAACUAAAAUGUUGGUAGAGUUCUAGAUUAUCUGUUGGAAAUUUGCCCGAAUACAUAGAAAAUGGAAAGAUAAGACUUGUAUUUAGGGUGUACUUCUUUAUUUGCAUUUAGUGUUGGGUCCUCUUCGGAUAUGGUAGGUGCAAGGCAGAGUGCCUGUCCUUGUGCUCUUGCUUGUGCGAUAUCAGUUUGCGUGAUCAUAAUUUUUGGGUUCAGGGUUAUCGAAGAAUGUAAAUGGGUUAUGAGUUAUUU